AUGGCAUAGAACCAAAUAGUAGGAGCUAUAAAAAUAAAGGAUGGGUUGUUUAUUGGAGAUGAAUAUGCAUCUUAGGAUCGUGAAUUCAUUAUGACAAAUAAAGUCACUCAUAUAAUAAAUUGUGCUGGAACGGAAGUAUAAAAUAAAUGGACAUUGAUGGGUGCAAAGUAUUUAACAUUUAAUUGGUUGGAGUAAGAUAAUGAGGUUUUAUUUGAUGAAAGAAGUGAAAAUGUUAAUAAAAUAUUUACAUUCAUAGAAGAAUGUUUUCAAUAGGGAGAGAGUUGCUUGGUCCAUUCAGUUAGAGGACAGAGUAGAGCUUGUUGUGUACUUGCUGCAUAUUUUAUGAAAAAGUAUUCAUGGACACUGUAUAAAACUCUUGAAUAUUUGAAUUCAAGGAGGCCAGAUCUUGAAAUCAGAGCAUCAUUCUUUUAUCAGCUGAAUGCAUUAGAAAAUAGGAUGACCAAAUAAGGACCAAAAAGAACAGCCUCUUGGAAUGAGUUAACUACUGAUGAAUAGAACCCUUCCCAAGUGCAGGAUGAAUUAAUCAUUAGAAAUACAUUCCUAAAUUCACACAAUGGACCUGUGGAUGAAAUAUAUACAAAUCUCUAAGCAAAACAAGGAGUCUUAGGAAAAGCUACUAAUCAGAAAAUAAAAUGGAAAGAUCAAAUCAAUAAAGAAAAUAUAUCAUUAGCAACCAUUGUAUACUCUGGCUCUCCUGAUUUUGUACCUGUUUCUGAAAUCAAUUUAAAAAUCGAUCCAACCACACCAUCAAUUCUAAAAGGAGCAUAAAAGAACUAAUCUCUAGUAUAACCACCCAAAUAACCAUAAAUUUAGUCCAAUUUUCCAAAGAGUUCAAAUACUGCACCUUAAGUAAGAUCCGCUAGUAGUAAAUCUUAAUAAUAAGAUUAAAGUGAUUUGUAAUUGAAUUCUAACAUUACAUCUGCAAAUCUUACAAAUAAUCCUUCAUUUUAAAAUCUAUUGAUGCAUUGUGCAAUGAAAACGAGAACUCCUCAAUAAUAAUAAGAACAAAAUGCUAAGAAAAACCCUUUAAUUAAUAAUUUAGUUAAACCUUAAAUUGAAAAUCAAAACACCUAAGCAAUUUCUUAAAUUGCAACUAAUUUGCUGUAAUUUCAAGCAUAGGCUAAUCCUGCAACUGGAAUCAGAAGCAAUUCUUUGUAAUAGAAUGAAGACAAAAAAAAUUAAGCAGAAAACAAUACUAACAAUCGACCAAGCUCAGUUAAAUAAAAGGACAAUUAACCUUCUAUUUUAACGAAUUUUUAAGAGUUCAAAAAUUAAGUUUAACAAUCACUUAAUUAUUUUAAUAAAUAAUAAGAGACAAUCUCAAAUAUGGACAAAUAGUCAUUAUAAUCAUAAACUACUCAAUUAACAGCAUAAUCAAAUACAACUUAAUAACAGUUAUUCUUAUAAUAAAAUAAUGCCCAAUAAAAGAGUAAAUUAGAAUAAUUAAUUAGUCCUACAAUGAUUUAGUAAAUGAAUUCUACAAAACAUUCUGAAAUAUAAAAAACACUCACUUAAUCAAUAUCUUAAUUGCAAUCUAGUUAUCAGAAGUUUUAAUAAUUGUAAUAAAAGAAUUAGAUAAAAUCAUCAUAAUCCUAAUCAUGCAUUUAAAAAUAAAAUGCUUAAAUUAAUGAUGUAUCUGUUGUUGCCAAUCCUUCUGGAUUGAAUUUAGUAAAAGUUUAAGAAAGAAGCACUUCCUUAACUAAAAAUUAAGGUAAUGCAGAUUUCAAAAAUAGACCAAAUAGUGCUGAAGUUAAAGAUGGGUUCAGAGCAAUAAAUUAAACAAAAAAGGAUAGCUUAUCUCCAUUUUAAAAGGAUGCAGUCAAAAAAGUAACUUAGUAAGGUCCCCCUUUACCACAAUCAAGCUCUCAAAUUUAUUUAAGAAAUGUUUAAUGUAGAAGAUAGGCUGCAUCAACAUUAAGAAAUUAAUAGAAACCAAAUAAUUCCUUUUAGGAUAAAUAUUUGAACUAAAGUGCAAACCAAGUUCAAAAUAAUAGUAGUUUUAAUAACAAUAGCAAUUCUGCAAUUGAAGCUGAUUAGAAAUAGUCAACUAAAGGGGUAGUUUCAGAUUUAAAUCAAUUUAAAAAGCUCAUAUCUCCUUAAAAUUUAACAAAAAGUCAAGCUUAGUUUGUUAAAAAUUAACCAAUACGAGUUUUAUAAGAACUAACUGAGAAAACAUAAUCAUAAAAAUAAGUGAAAGCAAAAGACAAUAUUUCAUCCACCAGUUUUACGUUGGUCUAAAAACCAUCCACUGUAAACACAAGGACUUUUUCACCUGCCAUUAAAAAUGAAACAAAAAAUAAACCAAAUAAUUCAGCUAAUGUAAGAUAGAAGGUAAGGAACUCUUCUCCUGGAAUAUCAAAAGAUCAAGAUUCCUCUAAUUCAUUAUAAAAUAUAUCAUAAACUUUUUAAGGCAAAAAUAGUUGGAAAAUGCUUUGA